AUGAACUUAUUUGAAGUAGAUAUCAUCAAUAAAUUUAACCAAAGAUAUCCGUUCCAAAAUUUCAUAAAAUAUUGUUGUGGUGCCGAUAGAAAUACAACAGAAAAACUAAGGUUAACAACUUUUAUAAAUGAAGUUUACAGCAACAAUGAUAACACCAACAAGUAUUACAUAAAACAAAUUAUGAAUGAAAUGUUAAAGUACCUUGACACUUUUAUUAAUACCACUUCCAAUACUAAUGACAGCCGUGUGUGUUUCCUAGAUGAACCUGAGAGUUUCCAAGAAUGGUUAUAUGAACAGUAUAUUGAGUACUUAAAUAUUCAAUAUGAUCCAAAUCUAGAAGAUAUAAUAACGUACACUUUCUCUGUUGGUAACAAUAUUAAUAGCACUGGAUUACAAAUAAAAAUAAGAGAGAAACCUAAUAUAAUAAGUUCGGAAAAUACUACUGGUUUGAAAACAUGGGAGGCAGCAUUAUAUUUGACAUAUUAUUUGUGCAAGAGUUUUCCUAACGAUAAUAACAUUAAAACAAGCAAUAAUGAAACGAUGAAUGUAUUAGAGUUGGGUUGUGGUACAGGUGUGGUUGGCAUAAGUUAUUACAAACUAUACGCUAAGUACUGGGCAAAUUGCAAUGCUCAUUUAACAGAUGGUUCAGAUUUUGUAAUUAAUGAAGUAUUGCCAUAUAAUUGUAAACUAAAUGAUUGUACUAACGAAAAUGUACACCACUAUCAAAUGGAUUGGAGUGAGCCCUAUUUACGGUAUAUUUAUGAUGAUAAAAAGAUUGAUUUAAUUUUGGGUGCAGAUAUUACAUUUGACGAUGAAUGUAUUUACUAUUUGACUUAUUGUCUGAAAGAAUUAUUCCACAACAAUGCCAAAAAUGGUUGUUAUGCCUUGAUAUCUGCCACCAUAAGAAAGGAAACCACUAUUGAAUAUUUUAUUCAAAGGUGCAAAGAAUUGGGUUUGCAGGUCGAAUUAGUGAGUUCUUGUAGUAAUGAUGAUAAUGAUGGAUUCAUUAAAGAUGUAUUAUUUAAACCUUUAACUGCGCCUAUUCGUAUUUAUAAAGUGUCUUAUUACAUUUAA